AUGCGGGCCCCUAUGCCCGAUCGGCCUCCACCUCACGUGGAGAAAUUCGAUAGUACGACGAAUCCAGAACAUCAUUUGCGGAACUUCGUCGAUUCAAUGGCCUUCUACACUCAAAGUGAUCCGGUAAAAUGCCGGGCGUUCUCCCUGUCGCUGAGGGGAGAAGCCCUCGAAUGGUACUACACCCUUCCACCCAAUUCGGUGGACAGUUUCCGCACGCUGACGAACAUGUUCACAAAGCAAUAUUCCACCAACCGAUAUGAAGAAGUGACCGCUGCCGAACUAGUCAAUCCCAGGCAGGGAAAGGACGAAACUCUCAGAGCUUUCAUGCACCGAUACAACCAAGCCGCCCGGAGAAUAAAAGGAGCCAGCCCCGAAUUCAUCAUCAGCAGCCUACCCAACUGCCUAAAGGCAGGAUUCGUCUCUGAAAGCCUAUACGCCAAAUUACCCCGUACGCUGGAGGAGCUACAACAAAAGAUGGCUAAGUUCAUUAAAAUGGAAGACCAGAGAAGUUUUCGAAAGCAACAACAUGAGGAGCAUUCGGCAAGUGUUAACAAAAAAGAGGGCAAGCGAAAAAAUGACAACGUCCGGGAACAGAAACCAGUCAUGAAUCUGAACCCCAGAUACGACCGCUACGUGCAUCUUACUGCCCCCAGAGAAAAGGCUGCCAGACUCUCAAAGAUAGAGAAGCUAAUCCGUGCCGGACAUCUUCGUGAAUUUGUGAAGGAAGAUUUCGGCCGUAUGGGACACUCGCCCAGAAAGACACGAAGAAGCCCGGAGCAUGCCAAACGAAAAAGUAAUUACUCACGCGACCGUUCUCGUAGUCCUCUGAGUCACAGAUCCCACAGUCGGCUGAGAGAGCGGGAACCUAUAAUAAAAGGCAGGAUUGACACCAUCUCAAGAGGUUUCGCUGGAGGAGGCGCUUCAUCCUCAGCACGGAAGAGACACUUGAGAAAUUUGCAUAGCAUACACUCAGUGAUACGCAGUCCGGCGGCAAUGCCGGACAUUACAUUUACAAACAAAGAUUUUCACGCACCAGAUCCUGAUCAGGAUGACCCCAUGGUCAUCACAACCCGCAUUGCACAAUACGAUGUGAGUAAAGUCCUCGUCGAUCAGGGUAGUUCAGUUAAUAUAUUAUACUGGACAACUUUUCGAAGAAUGGAGAUUUCUGAAGAUAUGAUUGCCCCGUUUAACGAGCAAAUUGUUGGUUUUCCUGGAGAAAGAGUAGACACCCGGGGGUAUAUCGACUUACGAACCCACCUAGGAUUUGAAGAUGGUGGUAAAGAGCUCAGAGUUCGUUUCUUGCUUGUAGAAGCAAACACGUCCUAUAACGCCCUCCUAGGGCGCCCAUGCUUGAACGCCUUUGGGGUAAUCGUGUCUACCCCACAUCUGGCAAUGAAAUUUCCUACAGACAAGGGAAAUAUUUGCACCGUCCGGGCAGACCAGAGAACCGCUCGUCAAUGUUAUGUUGCUGGUUUAAAGGUCACACCUUACAGAAAAGAGAACCGCACCGAGGCAAUCCUGAUUGACCUUGAUCCAAGGACCAAUACAGACGAACGCAUACAACCGGAAGGUGAGAUAAGGCCCUUCGUCGUGGGAAAAACCGAACAACAAACUACUUCAAUCGUCGCCAAGCUUCAGUCAUCUGACGAAAAUGCAUUGAAAGGCCUGUUAAAAGAUAACAACGAUUUAUUCGCAUGGAGCGCAUCCGAUAUGCCCGGAAUCCAUCCCAGUGUCAUUUCACACAAAUUAUCCAUAUUCCGAGAAGCCCGACCGGUAUCUCAGAAGAAACGACGGUUCAGUGAAGAAAAGCGGUAG